CUUCCUCCGUUUCCAGAUUCGAUCGCUGAUCCCUACGCCCUCAGCCGCCAGAUCCCGCGAGCUCCCACCCCCACCCCCUCGCGCCUGCCAGGAUGGGCAAGCUCCUCUGCGACUCCUCCUCCGGCGGCGCCGCCGUCGCCGUUGCCGAGGCUCUCCUGCCCUCCCCCGCCCCGCCCUCGCCGCCGUAGCUCCUCACUUGGGCGGCCCCGGACCCCGCCCCGGCCGGCUGGUCCGCCGUCUGGGCGCUCGACGACCAGCAGCGCCGCCGCCUGCUCCGGAUCUGGGCGCUCGACGACCAGCAGCGGCUGGUCCGAGCGCCUGGCGCUCCACUGCUGCGGCCCCAUCCCGUCGCUGCCGGUGGCCCGCAUCGCCGACCUCCGCGACAACCACCACGACCGCCAUGACGAGCGGCUCGCUCUGAACAGGCUCGAGGAUGCGAGGGACUUCGCCAAGCGCGCGCUCCGUGGGGUGGAUGGAGCCCUCAAGCUCCUGGGCUCCGUCCAGUACAUGCUUCACGACCUCGGCGCCGGCGCGGCCGGGGGUAGGCAGGCGAUGGAAGAGCAGCUCCAGGCCGCCGCCCGCAAGCUCCAGCUCGUGGCGGUCAGCACGUGCAACACGCGCUCGCUGGCCCGCAUGGCCACCGAGCCUCCCAUCGGCAACCGCGUCCAGUGAGAGGCAUCAUGCGUGAGGAGCAAGGUUACCUGCAGCUUCCCUUUCGUCAGAGCUACCUCUUCCGUCAUAGAAGACACCGUCGCCGCUCCCCGUCUCAUCGCCAUAGCUGAACCUGAAUGUGAAUGAGCAACCACAAGUCUACGUGUUAGUUCAUAGUGCAGACACAUUGCAGAUACUACUUUUAUAAUCCACUAACAUGUUCUAACUAUAUUGACAUUAAUUCCAAGAAUGUACUUACUCUGCAAUUCUUUAAUUGUAUCUGCCUGAUUGAUUGUGCGUAGAGUGAUUCACAUUGGAUGACUAUUGUUUCCUGAUUUGUGCAAAUAGUUCAGAUACAACAGUAAUAAAAGAUUGUCUAAUAAUCUGCAUUAUACUGUUUCCUACCCAGACCAUUAUGUAGUUCUUCGUGGACUUUGGAGAGGUGGUCUUGCACGAUGCUGAUGGUAGCUUGAAAACCUUCUUCCGCUCUUGCACGAUGCUCAUGGAACGCAGGACUACAACCAGCAGCGGCCGUCUGAGGAGCUGGUCGCCAAGGAUUUGUGUCUGAACAUUGGGGGCAUCACUUUAUGAGCAGCCACAAGUCUACCUAUCAGUUCAUAGUGCAGACACAUUCCAGAUACUACUUUGCAGAUGAUGGCCUUCAUUCAUGUUUCGUCGCGAGCACUAUGACGAAGGAGUCAGAAGAAAGCAAGGCAUGCAUGAUCUAGGCAUGCAUGCACACUCUCGCAUCUCAGGACAUUCUUUUAAUGCUGAAUUUUCUUGGAAUUUGGAUGUAGUGCUGAUUUUGCUGAGAAUUUGAUGUAUAUUUGCAUGCAAAGAAAAUUCAAAUGCUGGGAGUUAUGUACAUAUUCUUAUAAUACUCUCCUAAUUGGAAAAUACGUUGGCAUUGAA